AUGUCACAAAAAAAGCGUCAAGCACCAUCCUUACCGGGCCUACCAACGUAUGACUCCUCCGCCUCCUCCUCCAGUAGCUCAGAGCCAGAACCAGAAGACUACAAACCAAAGGUCAAGCAAGAAGCAGCCGUAACCCAACAAGUAGCUGCAACCCAAAAUGUAGAGCCAGUCCAAAAGACAGAGCCAGCCCAAGAAGCAGAGGCAGCGCCAGGAGUCAUUGGACACAACUUCCCGCCGGGCUCACCCACAGAGUCCGACACCGACGAACCCGAACCCGAACUCGAUCCACUCUCAGGUGAUAUAAAUUGGGAUAGCGACGAAGAACCACACGGAAACGAUGGUGAAAACGAAGCAGGACCGCAGACCAGCGGCGUCGGGGCCCAGAACCCCAUAAUCGAAGUGCCCGUAGAACGUAUGUACAGAACCCCAUCGUGGGGACACACCGUAUACUCAUUCAACUCAGCAGCUUCCUCGCCACUAGGCCCAGAAAUCAACACAGCGGCGUCCUCGCCGCUCGGUGCAAGGAGUCCUACUCCACCUCCUCCGUCUCCAGGUCCACCUGCGAAUAAGCAGAAGGAGAAAGGUAUGCCAACGGGUAUUGCUCCGAGACCAGGAAAUCAGGAUGCGGAGACGGGUAUGGAGGAUGACGCGCCGGAUGCUGGUGUAGCCCGCGCAGUAGCCGCAGCGAAGAAACGAAAACGCGAGGAGGAAGAGAAGAUUAAGCGCAAGGCUCCGCCGCGGAAGAAGACACGGUUUGCGUCGCCGGAGAAGGGGGAUGACGACGACGACGAGUCUGAUGCUCCCUCUGAACCAGCAGUAGUUGAGACGGGGAAGAAGCAGAGGAAGAAGAAGAACGACAACGGGAAAAAGGAAGGCACAAAGCCGAAACCGGGCAAAGCCCCUCCCAAGAAACCGACAAACAAGAAGCCGAAAGGCGGCAAGGCAAAGAAGGGUGAGAAUGUACAGAAAGUGAAGUGUAGUGGAAGAACGACCAAGGGCGAGCCGUGUAAGAACGAGAAGAACAUGAAGGAGGGAGAUGAUUAUAACUGUGGGAAGCACAAGUCUGAUAAGUGA